CAAAUGCUAUACAAAUACGAAUAUGCUAUGAGAGAAGUAUUUAUAAUGAUUAUUGUUAUCGUAAAACUAGCUCGUGUCGCAGUAUUGGAUGUGUGGUAUUUCUAGUGGAACAGAUUGCAAGCUUUUUAUAAGCGUAUUUUACUACGAUACUUGCUUUGCUUGAGACUUUUUUUAUUUUAUUUCAGAGGCGUGGCCACUGACAAUACCGUUUAUGGAAGACUAUUACAAGGCGGACAUUAAGAGAGAUUGUUAUCAUCUAUAACCUUUCGAUGUGAUUAUUGACUAAACUCCUACAUGUUUAGGACUUAUAGAGAUACUGGCAGCUUUAGAAAUCUGUAUAAAUAUCAUGUGAAAAAUUGACGAUAAAUAGUUGACCGAAUACAAUUACGACUAAAGUUAAUACAACUAUUUGAAGAAGGUGAUUUUGAUAUAGGUUCUCAGGAAAGUGAAACACAAUUCAACUGUUAACUUGAAAUUCCACAUAUAAUAAAAUAUCGAUACCUGAUCAACUAGAUUUUUUUUAGAUUUGACGACAGAUUUAUAAUAUAUAUAUAUAUAUCUAAAUAUAUAUUUCCUUUCUUUACUAACAAAAAAAUAUUUAUUGAUUUAUUGAGAUAAAAGUAUAAUAUUGAAAAUUAGAAGCAACAACAUAGAAAAAGGAAACGGGACAGAUGGAUUGACUAUUAGACAAAUAAUGAUUGAGAUGUAAUCGUGCUGAGUAAACGAAGAGACGAUAUUUUAAUGACAGUUUUAAAUAAGAAAUUCUGACGUUGAUAUUACAAUUGGAUACUGGUAAAAAUAAAACAAAUCUGCAGAUCAAUCGAUACAAUAAUUAUUUAGAGAUAGAUAGAAAUUGAUAAAUAUACGUGCAAGAUUGAAAUUGAAAUGGAGCAGCAAUACAGCAAAGUGAGCCAAAACAUGCUUGGGAGCCUAGAAGAAAUGUGUUUGACUAAAGUAAAUUAUUUUAGAAGAACUGUAAAUCAAACUGUAAACAAAUAUUUAAUAUGUUCAAACAAUAGAUAUAGAAAAACACUAUGGAAUAUUUAUUACACAGUUUUAUUAUUGACAAUUUUAUUCUACCCCUGCACAGCCGCUCAUACAUGGGCAAGUCCAGGAUGUCAUAAAGUUGGUCACACCCGACUUAUACAAGUACCGGAUUGUGUAAAAUUCAACAUUACCUUGAACGCUUGUAGAGGUUUCUGCAAAUCGUUUGCCAUUCCAUCUCCCAGCCAUACGCUUAGAGCCAAUGCCAAACAUCAAAUAACAUCACGGGCUGAAUGCUGUAGUAUAAAAGAAACGCAUGAUGUUAAAGUUCUAGUGAACUGUUUACAUGGUGAAAGAGAACUUAUUUUCAAAUCAGCAAAAACCUGUUCAUGUUCUAUUUGUUUUAAAUAAGUGUCGCGUAUAUCGGAAAUACAACUAUUGGAAAUGGUAAUGCUGGACAACAAUCUAAGAAGAUGAUUAUCAACCGACGCCGGCGGAACUUGUCUCACUUAGUUCAUAAUUUGUUCUCAAAUAUUUACAUUAUUCGUUAUUGAUCUGGGUCAUUUCUAUCAAGAUUUAUAUUAAAUGCUUUUUUGUGUGUUAAAUUUGAAAGCUUUUCAUGUGACAAGACACAUACUAGCAACCCUGCGCAAGAAACUAGGACAAGGUGUUAUGUAAUGCAGCUGAAAAUGUUUCUAGAUGAAUAUACUAUUUUAACGUUUGACAUCUUGAAAAUACGAUACAGGGAUAUAUUCUGCGAUAUAAGCAGAUUAUUGUGAUAAACAAACGGAUAAAGACAUACUUUAGUUGUUUGAUAGAUUUGUAGUGUUACUCAUUUUUAUCAAAAGUUUGCGUACGAGAGUCUGUAAGAAGGAAAUAGAAAUGCAAUGUUAUCACGACAUUGUUACAUGAGACAUACGUACUAAGAAGGUUCGGCGAUAAAACACAGGACGGGCGUUUAGUUUUACCGCUUUGAGAUGACUUUAUGCAAGAAUUGAAUCUAGUCAGAUGCAGUAAAAAGCCAUGUCAUGUGUGUACACAAUAAGCAUCGUUAUUGACUUUAUUAUUACAACUGAUAUCUUAAUGUAUCAAUAUUGUUUAAAUGUUAAGUUAUUUUUCGAACAAUAAUCAUAUAUGUAUUUAUUACUACUAGUCAUAUUGGUUUGCCUGAAGGUUAAUUGAUAUUUUGAAACUCAUUUCUUGCACAUGCAUGUGAACAGAAGAUAACAUUGGAAGGUAUUUAAAG